AUGAUCAUCGUGAAGGUCAACUUCGACUCUCCCACUGACCCAGCUGCUGCUGCUGAGACCCUCCAAAUGGAGCAGGGCAUUGGCCACCUAGACGUGGUAGUUGCCAACGACAGCAUCAGCGAGAAUUUAUCGCCCGUGCACGGGGUGCCCAUUAACGUGCCAUGCCAGCACGUCGAGAAGAGCAUGAAGCCUAUGUUUGUGGGAAUCGGGAGUCCACUGGGGAGAAUUGGCGGCGUGGAGCAGCGUCCGUAUCCGUGUGCGGCGUAUGGCCCCAACAAGGCUGUCCUGCACUGGAUUGCUGUCGGUUUCGAAACCGCCUUCCAGGCGGUAGAGGAGAGCGUCGAGGUAUCGCGAAGGCGAUUGAUGAAGGAACGCGGGACUCGGCUGGCGCACAGCUGCGCGUGA